AUGAUAACAAAUCUGCAUUUGAAGUUCGUGCGAGCAGUCAACAUUGCAUCAGGCAGAGCCUUGGAUGACGACAACAGCGGGAAGUUACGUGCGUUCCCCCCGACCGAACGUGGUGAUAUUAACCUGGUCGGCCUCUAUAUAACACUGCCGCUGCGAGGGAGUUGCAUCGGCUCCUCGAUGGGUGCAGUGAGAGCUCCCCUGAGGGGCAGUGGAUUGUUUGGUGGCACAUCCUUUGACGCUUUUGCGCGCCGUGCGGCGAGCAUCGGCGAGUGCCGUUCCUAUUUAGGUGGGCAGGAGUGGGUCGAUGCUCUGUCGGCUUCGAAUAGUGCCGAAAAUGCAUCUGCGAUUGUACAAGAGUUAUGCACGUUGCGUGGCCAGGGUGGGGAGGUUCUUGCGCGGCAAGCGUUUGCUCGGAGCUUCUACGAAGCGCCGCCGUCACCGCUACGCGUGAGCCACGAUCUUGUGCAGAAUUAGAGCGCGGUCGUGCCACGCUGGUUCGAUGGAGCCCCUGCUGCCUGAUUUUUUCGUGUUGGGCUCCUGGUGAGCUGCAAGAUAGGCUCCGGAGGAUUCGUCCGCAUGCUCCCCCUUCUAUAUUGUUCCCAUCCUGCGCUUCGCCCCCUUAUCAUUUCUCGAAGCCUCCGUGGAACAUCAUUUGCACGAGUGUUGUGCAAGGUGGUUCAUUCGACUGUGUGUCCCACAAGCUCUGACAUUAUAAAACGUUCGCCGCGUAUAUUGAGAUGUCCAGCCGUGGCAACACAAUGUUGAUGCCCAAAGAGUAACAUACGGCAGCUUCACCCUCAUACGUGCCCAGGCAAACACAAUGAAUGAUUGCCCAAAGAGGCCCAUAUUGCGCGUGGGCACUGGCGCCGGGCUAGCGGCGAUUAGAGAAACGGCGACA